AUGGUUGGCAAGUAUGAGAUUCCUGAGGAGAUCAAGCAGGAAAUAGAGCAGGUUUAUGAGGAGGUGCCGCCGUUGCGGGAUCAGUACAGGCUGAUAGACAAGAUAGGUGAAGGUACAUUCUCUAGUGUGUACAAGGCUGAGGAUCUACAAGGGAAGGUGACGCGGAAGUAUGGCUCGCACUUCUGGUAUAAGGACUCGAAGUAUGUUGCGCUGAAGAAGAUCUACGUUACGUCGUCGCCGCAGAGAAUCUAUAACGAGCUGAACUUGCUGUAUAUUUUGACUGGGUGUGUACGGGUGGCGCCGUUGUGUGAUGCUAUGCGGGUCAGGGAUCAGGUAAUGGCGGUGCUUCCAUACUACCCUCAUGAGGAGUUCCGGAACUGUUAUCGAGACCUUCCGAUAAAGGGUAUCAAGAUGUAUAUGUGGGAACUCUUACAGGCGCUAAGUUUUGUGCACUCGAAAGGGAUUAUUCACAGAGACGUCAAGCCAACCAACUUCUUAUAUAACCCAGAGAUCGGAAGAGGUGUGCUAGUUGAUUUUGGUCUGGCUGAAAUGCAAAGUGAUAUCAUUACCCAUGGAGCUGAGAUGGCGUUCCCAACAGCAAAGGAUGAUGACGCGGCAUUUGCAAUGAAGGAUUAUAGAAACCAGGAACUCUUUUGCCCUUGCAUCAUGAGAGAAUCCAAGGAUACCACUAUACCUAGUGCCACACACCCACUUAUUACUAUCCAGAAUGGUAAAGUUGUUCAAUUGGGCAACGCUAAUGGGGUUGAUCUAACAAAGGGCUAUCCAAAGAAUGAGACGCGGAGAGUUAAGAGAGCCAAUAGAGCAGGUACUAGGGGGUUCCGUGCUCCUGAAGUGUUAAUGAAAUGUGGUGCGCAGACGACGAAGAUAGAUAUAUGGUCAGUAGGUGUAAUUCUGUUGAGUUUAUUAUCCAGGAGAUUCCCACUCUUUCAAAGUUUAGACGACACUGAUUCUUUGUUGGAGCUCUGCAAUUUGUUUGGUUGGAAAGCAAUGAAAAAAUGUGCAGCAAUCCAUGGCCUGGGCUUUGAGGUUGCUGGUGUUCAGAAUCUGCGAGAAGAGCCAUUCCAGCAUGGGCUGAAACAGUUUGUCUACGAGCUCUUAGAUAAAGAGUGUGAGGCCGGAACGUUUCCAGAGUACAGUAUAGCCUUUGAGACACAUUCAUACUUAAAAUAUGAAAUAGAAGAAGGCCACUCGAUAGAGCCACAUCUUCCAUCACAGAUCGAAGAGGAUAAUGAUAACGAAAAGAUGAUGCAGUUGAAACAAUAUCAAAAGGAGAUAUGGUCUGACCAUUUUUGGUGUUUCCAAGUGUUAGAACAAUGUUUUAAGUUGGAUCCCAGUAAGAGAAGUUCAGCUGAUGAGUUAUUGAGGAGUGCAUUCUUUAAUGAACUAAACGUUGGUGCUGGAGAGAGUACAGAAGGUGAGUUAACCGAUGAAGAUGUGUCUGACACAGCUAGUGAAGCAGCAAGUUCUGAUGAGGAAGUCAUGCUAAUUGCGUAA